UUGUGAGACUGGUGUGCAGCAGAAAAGCGUAGUGGUGCAGUGGAGUUCACCACAGUUCUCUGUAAGAGAGCAGAGCUAUACACCUUCUGAUAGGCUCCAUUCCUCUUUGGACCUGUGUCUCAGCCCUACAACUUGAGAACUAUGGAUUUGACCUCUGGAGUAGAGAAGAUGUGGUCAGCGGCUGUAGUAGGGAAGGGUGCAACGUGUCUGUCAUGUAAAGGGAUCUGCUCUGGAUUCCUCCCCCAUUCCUGGAGAAAAGCCUGUACCCAGUGUGGCUGCGGUGUGGAAGACCACGGUCACCGCUCAGACCUGGAGGACGAUCACAAGAUGGGUCGUCUCCUCGCCAACUCUAAAUACGUCCACCUGACAGCCAAGGUGAAGGGCAUCCGAGUGUACAAACGUAACCGUAUGGUCAUCACCAACCCUGUGGUGUCCAGGAAGGACCCCACCUUCAACACCAUCACCUACGACUGGGCACCGCCAGGACUCACACAGAAACUGGCCAUGCUGUAUAUGGAGUUGCUCCCAGAAGAAAAGCGUCCUGUAGCAGGGACUGAGGGAGCGAUGUACCGGCGCAGGCAGCUGAUGAGACAGCUGCCUGUCUACGAUCAGGACCCCUCCCAGUGCCACGGGCCACUACCAGAGGAUCAGCUGCAGGCCAUGUCUGUCUUUAUGAAGCGCUACAAAGAGGAGGCUCUAGGAGUAGGGGAGGUGGCGCUGCCUGGGGAGGGAGGCGCUAACCCUCCGCCCGUCGUCAAAGGAGAAAAGCAGAAGGACGGAACUGGGAAUGGGCAGGUCACCAAUGUCCAGCCAGACCCUGUUGAUACUCCUACCACCAACGGGACUGACUGCUGUAAAAGUGAAUAUCAUUGCAGUGGUUGCGGGGAGCUCGCCCCCCUGGACAGUCCUGUGGUUUAUGCAGAGUGGGCAGGCUACGACAAGCAGUGGCACCCGACCUGCUUUGUGUGUUCAGAGUGUGGAGAGGCUCUGGUGGAUCUAGUGUACUACUGGAGGGAGGGAGAGCUGCUCUGUGGAAGACACUACUGCCAGAGGACCAGACCACGCUGUUCGGGAUGUGAUGAGCUGAUCUUCUGUGAGGACUACAAGAAGGGGGCAGAUGGCCAGGCGUGGCACCAGGACCAUUACUGCUGCUGGCGGUGUGGCCAGAGUCUUGACAGCCCCUGUUCCUGUCCCCAAACACCCAGCCCCAAGCCUGUUUAGGCCCUCCACCACCCAGACGUAACCAAGACCGCUUCUGACAGUUCCUGUCCCCAAACACCAAGACCAGUUUGACAGGCCCAUGCUCUUUACACCAAGACCAGUUUGACAGGCCCAUGCUCUUUACACCAAGACCAGUUUGACAGGCCCAUGCUCUUUACACCAAACACCAAGACCAGUUUGACAGGCCCAUGCUCUUUACACCAAACACCAAGACCAGUUUGACAGGCCCAUGCUCUUUACACCAAACACCAAGACUGGUUUAGACUCCCCCUAUACCCAUCCACCAGCAAACCCAUUACACCAAGGCUGGCCAUCUUCUAGAGAUAAAAUCACAUAAUAUGAUAAUGAUGUCACUGGGCUAACCCUUCUCUCGGGGACCUACAGUACCCCUGCAGGAUUUCCAUUCAUUUCCUUUUAAACCCUUUAAUAAAGUCCUCGGUGAUUGGUUGUGAA